AUGGCUUUAUCUAUCUAUCUAUCUAUCUAUCUAUCUAGUUAUCUAUCUAGCUAUCCGGCUCCAUCUAUCUAUCUAUCUAUCUAUCUAUCUAUCUAUCUAUCGCUUUGUAUGUCUCUGUCUAUCUGUCUCUCUAUCUCAAGCUCUGUCUCUGUGUCUCUCUCUGUCUACUUAUAUUUGGUUCUGUCUGUCUGUCUCUCUCUCUCUCCAGAAAUACACCUCUCCCUCGCUCUCUCUCUCUCUCUCGCUCUCUCUCUCUCUCUCUCUCUCUCUCGCGCUCUCUCUCACAAACAGGAUUUCUCUCACUUUGUGUCCUUGUUGUUUCUUCUUCUUUUCUUUCUCCUUUUUUCAUUUUUCUCUCCCUUUGACAUUCAGAUUUUUACUCAAUUUUUCUCUAAUCUAUUUCAUCUCUUUCUUUUUUCUCCCCUCCCACGUUUUUUGAGUCACUUUCACUUAACCUUUGAUCUUUCUCUCUAUCACUCUUUUUUUUUUUUAGUUUUCUUUCCAUCCCUUGAGGUUAGAUUAUCUUUCAUUGUCUUUCUCUUCCUCUUUUUUUUCUCUAUCUUAUUCUUUAUUUUCACAUUGUCUUUCCCACUCUUUUAUUUUUACACACGCACACUACCUCUCUAUCUGUGUUAUAUUCUUUCUCUCUCUCUUUCCUAUUGCCUUCAUUCUUGCUUGCACUUUGUCUUCUAUUUUCUCUCUCUUCCUUUUUCUUUCAAUUUAAUUCUCUCUUUUUGUUUUCUCUCUCCCCGACUCUUUUAUUUCUGUAUUAUUUCUCUUAUCACAUUUCAUGAUAAUGUUCACCUUUCUCACAAACACUUUUCCAGUCAAUGUUACUAA